CCGGGAGGUAACCGCACCGCUGUCUCAAGAUGGAAAGCUAGGGAUCCGACUCGGCCGAGUUGGACCGGACAAAGCUUUCUCUGUAAGACUCGAUUUCCAUCUCUACGGAACCCAAAUGAGAUGAUAAAACGCCAAAAGGUGAAAGCAAAAAGCGGUGGGGGAGUCCUCCCGAGUCCACUCAAUCGAUCUUUCAUUUUCUCUCGCUCGCGACGCGUCCGGCUCCUCCGUCACUCGGAUCUAGGGUUUAGCUCCCAUCGCCGUCCGCCGUCGAGAUGACGAGCCCACGGCCGGGAGGGACGCCAGCUUCUCGGGCCGUGAAUGCCUCCAAGACGCCCGCGACCGGGGGGACACCGCUUGGGGACGACGCGAUCUGGAAAAGACUCAAGGAAUCAGGCUUAGACGAGGAGAGUGUGAAGAAGAGGGAUAAGGCCGCCCUGAUUUCCUACAUCACUAAGCUCGAAUCCGAGAUCUAUGAAUAUCAACACCACAUGGGGCUUCUUAUUUUGGAGAGAAAGGAAUUGGUUUCUAAAUAUGAACAAGUUAAAGCAUCAUCGGACUCUGCUGAGAUUGCAUAUAAGCGUGAGGAAGCUAAACGGUCAUCUGCUUUAGCUGAAGCACGAAAACGUGAACUGAAUCUUGAAAAGCUUCUGGGCAUUCAGAAAGAGUGUGUUGCAAAUAUUGAGAAGGCUUUGCAUGACAACCUUGUCGAGUCUGCUGAAAGAAAGCUUGCAUAUGAAAGCAAGAUUGCAGAAGCUCAUGCAAUGAUGACUGCUGCACAAGAAAAGCUUGAUGAGGCUGAAAAAAAGCUACUUGCAGCAGAAUCUUUGCAAGCAGAAGCUAACCGAACACGCAAUACUGCAAUAAGAACAUUAGAUGAUGUUGAAGCUCGUGAAGAUGAACUUAGGAGGCGUCUUGCUACUUUUAAGUCUCAGUGUGAUGCUAAGGAAAACGAGAUCAGCAUUCAAAGACAAGCUUUAUAUGAGAGCCAGAAAACUCUUCACCAACAGCAAGAGAGGUUUCUAGAGGGGCAGACAUUAUUAAAUCAGAGGGAGGAGUACAUUUUUGAAAGAACAAAAGAGUUAAACCGCAUUGAGAAAGAACUGGAGGAAUCAAAAGCUAAUAUUGAGGAAGAAUCCAGAACUCUUAAGUUGGAAAGGUCUAACUUGGAUUUAGAAAUAGCUGCUCUCAGAAAUCGGGAGGAGGUCAUUGUUAAGCGUGAAUCUAUGCUUGAUAAAAGAGAGCGUGAGUUGCUUAUAUUACAGGAAAAGAUAGCAUGCAGAGAACAUGAUGAAAUCCAAAGAAUCAUGGAGGAACAUCAAAGUAUCUUGGAAAAGAAAAAAAGUGAAUUAGAAGCUGAUAUUGAACAGAGGCACCUGUUGUCGAAGAAUGAAUUGGAGGCCAGAAAAAUAGCAUGUGAGAUUAGGGAGGCUGAUCUCUGUUCAAGAGAAGUUUCUCUCCAGGAAAAGGAACAUGCUAUUGAACUUCAAUCAUCUGUGUUAGCCAAGAAGCAAGAGGAUGUGGCUAACAAAUUGAGACUACUAGAAGAAAAAGAGCAUAAUUUAAGUUCUACAAAAAGAGAAGCAGAAAUUGAGGUUCAAAAUAUGCAGAAAGAAAGAGAGAUCUUUCUCAAAAUGAAAGUGGACCUUGAGAAAACUAAAGCCGUCCUCGAAGAUGAGAAGAAAGAAAUUAUUCUUGCAGAAGAGAAGUUUGAGAUUACAUUAGGAGAGAGGAAUGAAUUGCUGCUUCUAGAAAAUAAACUUAAAGAGGAAAUCGAUAGUCUCAGAGCUCAGAAAUUGGCACUUGUGGCUGAAGCUGAUAUACUGAAGGCAGAAAAGGAGAAGUUUGAGAUUGAGUGGGAGAUGAUUGAUGAAAAAAGAGAGGAUCUACAGAAAGAAGCAGAAAGGAUUGAUGAAGAGAGAAAAACUUUAGCCCAGUAUCUCAAAAAUGAACAUGAUAGCAUUAAGCUGGAGAAAGAGAAUUUACAUAAUCAGUUCAAGAGAGAUGUUGAGCGCUUAUCUUGUGAGAGAGAGGAAUUUAUAUGCGAAAUGGAUCGCCAACAUUCAGAUUGGUUUACCAAGAUGCAGCAAGAGAGAGAAAAUUUUACCAAAGAUAUUGGUAUUCAGAGAAAUGAAUUAGAAAACAGUAUCAAUGAAAGGCGGGAAGAAAUUGAAACUUACUUGAGGGAAAAGGAGGAAUCAUUUGAAAAAGACAAAGUUAAAGAACUUCAGCUUAUAAAUUCUCAAAAGGAUAUGAUUGCAAAACAGUUGGAACAUGUUGCAUCAGAGAUGCAGAAGCUUAACACUGAGAGGCUGGAGAUUGCUCAGGAUCGUGAACAGAGGGAAAGAGAGUGGGCUGAUAUAAAGAGAUUUACUGAAGCACUUGAUCUUCAAUGUGAGAAGCUGCAAAAGCAGAGGGAAUUGUUGCAUGCUGAGCGAGAAGAAAUUAAUCAAAAAAUUCAACAGCUUAAGAAAUUGGAGGAAUUGCAGAUUGAAUCUGAAAAUAGGGCUUUGUCUGUGACGCAGACUGAUAAAUGUGAUGCUCCUGUUGGCAAAAGUUGCCAAUGCAUUAAUGGCGCAGAUCGGCAUAUUGCCACUCCUAAUGGUGUCUCUACCAUGAAGUUGCUUCCUCAGGGUACUCCAAAUCCCUCAACCCCAACAUCUGUCACUAAAUCCUGGAUUAAGAAAUGCACCGAGGCGAUGUUCAAGCAUUCGCCAGAAAAAGAUUCUGACACUGGUCAUGAGGAAAAUGUGGAGAGCAAAAUGUUAGCCAAAUCCAGGGAUUUUAGAUUUUCAGAGAUGGAUCUUCAAGGGUAUGGGAAUUUUGCUGAUGGUAAAGAAGUUAGUGUCCAAGAAAUGGAUAAUUUUACACCCAAAAGAACAAAGUCUAAUAGGCAAGAGAAAGUAAAUGGACAAGAGAUCAAGUGUGUAAGGUGUACUUUUGACGAGCAAAACAUGAUUUCUGAUGCACGACCUGUUGCUAAAAGUGCUCAAAGUCCAUCCGAGGUAGGAGCGAACAGCAUUAAAUUUAAUCAAGCAUUGGAGGAUUCUGGACAGAAAUCUAGAACACUUUUCAGUAGCAUCAAUUCAUGGAUAUCACGCAGAAAGAGGUCAAAUGACAUGUUAUCCCAUGAUCACGCUGAUAUGGACUCGGAACCAAACCCGAAGCAGCAGAAAAGGCCUCGGCAAAAUGGAAAUUUUGAUGUUGAAGGAGACUGUUCUAAUGGUUUGGCUGAGCAACAGCCAAACAUAGAUGACGAAUGCGAACCAGUAUUGCGCAACCAGACUUCAGGAUGUGAACAGCUGCAUGCGGUAGCCUUCAAGGAUCAGCAACAUGAGAAUAUGGUGGUUCCAAAUGCAGAACCAAUCGAAUCUUCACAACACAAAUUGGCGGUGUCAAAUUUUGACAUUGUAGAAAAUGGAAAUUUCUGCAAAUUUGAGCAUUCUCCACUUGCUGGUGUUGGAGCAGCAACUAGUUCAGAUGCUAAUGAAAUUUCUAUGAAAGAUAAACAAGUAAUCGACAAAGAGCACAUAGCCAGAAAACCAUCCCAGGAGACUAGUGUGUCUGCGAGUGAUCUUAUUGUCGAGGAUAAUGACAAGCUUAAAGAGCAAGAUAGGUACAAUGAAGUGCUCGAUGAAUUAGAAGACGAGGAUGAUGGCAGUGGUCUGUCUGUCAAGGAGAAGAUAUGGAACUUUCUUAUAACAUGAUGACCUCCUUACCAUGCAUACAUACUGUAGAGGUUAGAUGUUUAACUUGCAUGCUGAACACUGUAGCUUUUGUGAAAAUGUUUGUUGUUCACUGAAUUUUCUGCUAAUUGAUCACCCAUUAUAGGAGUUUAGGAUCUGCAGUCUAGUCAGGUUUGCUGGUCGUGGCACAGAACAUUGAUAAUGUACAUUGGGUCUCCAUGUGAUGGUCCUAUUGUCAGUCAUCAUGGAUCCUUUUUUCUCGGACACCCUUGUCUUGGUCCCAAACUUGUAAAUGGUUUGUUAUUGUGCAGGUUUUGUAAACAUCUCCUGUCUUUCCAUUGUGCAUUUGUAAGGAGUCCUUUGACACCGUAAACUAUCCAUUAGGUUGUGUUUAGCAGCAGUAGCUUGAUGUGUUUCAUUCA